CUCCGGGCAGUGCAGCUUAUGGAACUGCAGCUCCGGGCAGUGCGGCUCCGGGCAGUGCGGCCGCUCUGUGUGGCUGCAGAGCCUGGUGUGGCCCUGCCGGUGAGCGUCAGGGAAGGACCACAUGGCGUGGUAUCGGGACGGGGAGCUGGGCCCUUGUCCGUGAGGAACCACUGACACAGUCCCUGGGGCAGGGCUGGUACCGAGCUGGUCUGGCUGGGGCUGGCGCCCGGCAGGCUGAGGGCUUGCUGGGCUCUGGGCUUCCGAGGACGGGACAGAGCAGCAGCGGGGCUGGAGACCUGCCAGGGAACCGUCCCGCGGGGAGUGGGGAGAGGGAGCAGGAGCUGCCGGGGCCGGGGCAGCAGCUGGAGGGGGCAGCACUGGGCCAGCUGAGUUGCGUCGAAGGGGUCAGGGGUGUGGGAUGGAGCAGGAGCUGCCAGAGACCCAGCCGGGCAGCACCCCACCGGGGACACCGAUCAGAAACAGGGCCAGGAGCUGUGCCAGCAGCCAGCUGUGGCGAGGGGCUGGGACAGCCUGGGCAGUGGGGAGCACGUUCUGCCCAUCCUGGCUGCUGGGGUGGGGGACACAGGCAGAGCUGCUCUGCAGGGAGGGGAUCACAGGGAGCGGUGCUGGGGAGGGGGCCCAGCUCUGGGCAGGUCACACAGGGGUCUCGCCUGCCUGAAUGGGUUGUGCUGGUCACAGGGGCCCUCAUGGGAGCUGGGGAUGUGAUUGCACAGCAGCUGGUGGAGCAGCGGGGGCUGCACGGGCACCAGUGCCCCCGCACCCUGAAAAUGAUGGGCAUUGGCUUCUGCUUCGUGGGCCCUGUUGUGGGCAGCUGGUACAGGAUCCUGGAUUGGCUCAUCCCAGGGAAUACAAAAAUUGUGGCUGUGAAGAAAGUGAUCCUGGACCAGGGGGGUUUUGCCCCGUGCUUCCUUGGCUGCUUCCUGGCUGUGACAGGGGCUGUGAACGGGCUGUCGGUGCAGGAUAACUGGUGCAAGAUCCAGCAGGACUACAUGGAUGCCCUGAUGACCAAUUACUGUAUCUGGCCACCCGUGCAGAUUGCGAACUUCUACUUUGUGCCUCUGCAGCAUAGGCUGGCUGUUGUCCAAUGUGUUGCCAUCGUCUGGAACUGCUACCUGUCCUGGAAAGCGAAUCGGAUGUGAGGCAGAAGCCGUGUCCCAUCCCUGUCCCCAGCCUGUCCCCUCAGGGUGGGCACAUGUGGCUGUGGACAGGCCGGGACACGCAGGGUCCUGGCAGCCACCAUCCCACUCUUUUCUCAGGGGAACCCCAUCCCCUAUAACCACCCUGCCCCAGGGAGAAGAUAGUGCCAGGACAGGCCUGGAUCUGCCGUGGGGUACUGUGCAGCAGCUCUGCCCACGGUGCACUUCUCAUCUGUGCUCAGCAACUCCCGAGCCCUCACCUGCACACAGGGCGCUGCUGCCUCGAGCGUCACUCUGACCUCCCCCAGGCACGUCCCGAGGGAAAGAGGAGUGGAAAUGGAGCAGGGCUGGCCUUGGGCUGGCUGUGCCGUGGGCACAGAACUGGGAUCACUGCAGCCUGGGGAUGCUCCCCCUGAAAAUGGGAUUUGCUGUGGCUCUGCUGUGGACAGUCGGAGCAUCAAUAAAUGGUGAUCUUCA